AUGUGUUUCAUGAAUAUUUAUGAGUAGUCCUUACCGUUAGAUUUAGGUUUCUCAAAUGGGUUGAUAAAUGUAAUAAUGACACAACAAUUGUUAGGAUGUUUAGAAAUAUAGUUCAUUCAUCUAGUUGUGCUUAAAGCUAAGUUUAGGAUUGAUCACCCUUUAAACUUAGAUCUUAGGAUUAAUUGGGAUCAAGCCAUUGCUUGACUCAAUACCUGAAAAUAACUAGAAUGAUCUAACUGACUAGAUACAGACGAGAGUUGGUCUAGUGAGUUAGAGAAUACAAAUCAAACAUGUCUGUAAGGCUUUCUGGAAGAAGUAUCGAUCGACGCAGCUGUCGAUCGAUAUUUUGAAUGGUGUAUCGAUCGAUAUUCACAAAGAAAUAUUGAUCGACACUUUCCCGUGAUUAAAAUACGAGAGUUGAGAUCUGAGAUCCAGAUUAGAUGAUCAAACAGAUUAUACCUUAGUUUGAAUUCAAGAACAAUUAAUAUUAAUAAACACCUAAAUUUCCCAAAUUAAGUUUUACUUAUCAUACCUGAGAAUAUACCUGAAUCUAGCUACUUCAACCAACUGUUAACAACCUCAAAAAAAUCAAUCGAGCAAUAAACUUGCUCACCAAUCCAUUUAUUGUUUUUAAAACCUAUAAAUCAUUCAAUCUAGAUUUAUUUCAAGACCAUAAUCUAUUGCGUAAUCCUAGAGUCUCUGUGGAUUCGAUCCCUAAGUACUACAUCUGAACCUCUUAUUUGAGAGAGUAAUUCACUCCUUAGGGUAAUUUGAGUGACAUCAAACUCUGAUUCUUGACUCUCAUGGAUGUUCCCUCCACGGCUUGUCUUCCCUCUUUGAAAACUUUGCUACUUGAGCUUGUGGUAUGCGAAGAUCAAAAACCCUUUGAAGCGCUUCUUUCGAUAUGUCCUGUCCUUGAAGAUUUAGAGGUGUCGUUCCGUGAGGAUGAAAGUAUCCAAGAGUUCACUAUUAACGUCACGUCUUUGUGGAAGUUGUGCUUGCAUGUAUCUUAUUAUUGGUCCUCAUUGGAACGGUAUGAGAUUGAUACUCCUUGUUUGGAAUAUCUCGAACUUGCGGAUUGGAUUGAUAGUCCUUGUUUGGUUAAGAAUAUGCCUAAGUUAGAGAAAGCACAUGUCGAUGUUGUAUCCUUUGUUGUCAAGAAUGUUAUUGGAUCAGUCACAUCUGUCAAGCAUCUUACAGUAUGCUCAGAGGAUGUGUAUGGUGAUGGUAUUGUUUUCGACCAGCUUGAACAUCUGAAGCUAUGUAUUUGCAAAGAUGAUUCGUCGAAUGUCCUUGCUCAAUUUCUCAAAGAUUCUCCCAACUUAAGAGUCUUAGUUAUUUCUCAACUAGAUGUAAGUUUCUUUGGAUUAACAAUCAGUAAACAAAUAUAGUUUUUUAAAAUCUAAUUUUUCUUCUGGUUGGCGGUCUUCUUAGUUACAUGCAGAUUUAAAGACAAAUGAGAUGGGUUUCUGGAACCAUCCGAGUUCUGUUCCUGAAUGCAUGCUUGCUGUCCUGUCUACAGAUUUUGAACUGGGAAGGUUACUUUGUAUCAAACUCAGAAUCAAAGAUGAUGAAGAUGGAGAUUCGAGCUUCGAGAUCGUAUAGAGAGAAUAGAGAAGAUGAAAAAUGUUUGUUAUUCUUGUUAGUCAACAUGUACAUUUGGUUCACAUAUAUAUAUGAAUCCAGUUAAAGAAGACUUAACCGAAUAUAACAAUAAGUAAACCGGGAUUCAUACUAAUACCAUCAUCUUUGCAAAUUGAGCAAGGACAUUCGACAUGCGCUUCUUUCGAUAUGUCCUGUCCUUGAAGAUUUAGAGGUGUCGUUCCGUGAGGAUGAAAGUAUCCAAGAGUUCACUAUUAACGUCACGUCUUUGUGGAAGUUGUGCUUGCAUGUAUCUUAUUAUUGGUCGUAUAGAGAGAAUAGAGAAGCAUCAAGAAGAUAAAGACUUGAUAGGGAUAGUCAUUGGAGAAAUGAAUGAAAAGGUCCAGGAUGAAGGAGC